AGAACGCAAACUCAGGACAAUCGAGUUCCGAAGAAAAAGGGUAGAACUCUCUCAAGAUGCUCAUAUGACAAAGUGUUUCAGCAGAAUAUACCGUAAAGGGAUUAAUCUAAUUGAAGGGAUGCUGUCACCAACAUCAAGGCACAGAGGACCAAACAUGCUGUCAGGUCCCAUGAUAGUGGCCCAGUCGGCGAGUGCCACCAAGUCAGUGAUAUCUACAGAUGUAUGUAAACAGAUGCCUGGGGCGAACCCUUUUAAAGUGCUUGACAACAGCGACAUAUUUCUGAUCAAGAACAAGGAAAAGGAGCGCAGGAAACUGGAGCUGCAGAGCCAGUUGAGUUUGCGGGUCCAUGAGAAGGUGACCUAUGCGGGCCGUAUGAAGGCCAAGCAGGGUGACCUCCUCAGGGAGCUGAGAGAGGGUCUGGAGGAGGACACAGCCCAGCCAGGAGGGGAGGAGAGCAGCCUGGCCCAGCAACAAAACACCCCUGCCUGGAGGGUGGCCAUGAUCAAAGAUCGCAAUAUUGACAAAGAGAGCAUGAAUGAGUUUAUCACCAAGAAAAGGGAGAUGUUUCUGCUGGAGUACUCCUUGGCUGUGAAGCGUGGAGAGAUCGAGCAGUUGGAGAAAAUGGCGACCGGCCAGGAGAGGAAGCUGAUGCGCGCCGAGCGGUUCCUGGAAGACGACGCCAUCAUGUUCGACGAGUUCCUCAAAGAGAAUGACAAGAACUCUGUGGAGGCCAUCAAAGUUGCUGAGUUAGAGACCAAAGUGAAACUGGAGAAGGUGACUGAGAUCAAGAGGCUCACGACUAGGAUGGUGACCAUUAAGAGUGACAUCUCUAAGUUUGAGGACAUCAUAAAGGAGUACACCAUGUACAAGGAGUUUCUCUUCAAGCUGUCCCCUCCAGAGUGGCAAGAGGCACAGAGGGCCAAGGGUAAGACCCCCAAAGCCAAGUCUACCACCAAGUCUGCCACCAAGGACAAGUCCAAAGAGAAAGACAAAGACGAGAGGGCCACUCCGAAAAGAGGUUCUAAGGUGGAAAGCAGGGCGUCCUUUGCGAGUCGGGAGCUGCCCCCUCUCCGGGAUGCCAGAGCCCCCUCUAGACAGUCGAUAGUCCAGAGUGACAAACCGAGUCCUGUGGCAGAACUGGAGACCGACAGCUCUGAAUAUGAGGAACACCCAGAGCUGUAUUUCACAGACCCCAGGCAACUUCUGGAGUUGCUUUCAGAGCUGGAGGAGCAGAACCUCUCUCUGAUCCAGAACUCCAGGGAGACGGAGGAGGCCCUGGAGGUGUUCAGUAAGGUCAUGGACCAUACAAGAAAGAAGAUGGAGCUGGAAACCGUCCAGCUGACCCAGCAGAUCGACAUCAUGACCCACACCAUCCAGAGGGAGAGGGACCGGGCUGCCGAGCUGGAGCUGAGGGCCCGCCUCUUCAACUUUGGGAAGUACAAAUCCGCCGACCAGGAGUUUAUGUUGGACUCCCUGGGCGCUAAGGUGGAGGAGGUGUACCGGAGCUGCGUGGGUGACACAGAGGCCAACCUGAGCACGCUGCAGAUGCUGACGGUUAUCGAGAGCCGCCUGGGUGAGCUGCUGGAGAACGUGGAGAUGAUCCCCAAGGAGCGACUGCUGAUGGCCGAGAGGACCAAGGAGAAGGAAAGGAGGCUCAGGCUGCGUGAUGAGAAGAUGCAUCAGGCGAAGCAGCACCAGGAGGAGAGGCUGAAGAGGGCCCUGGAGAGAGCACAGGCAGACAUCAAGAAAACAACUGGCAAGAAACUGAUGGCCAGAUCACAGCCCCCUGCCGGCAAGCUGAAGACCAGCCAGGUGUAUGACAUCUCAGACAAGGAGAAAGAAGAGCAGCUUUACUUCUUCACCUAAGGGGCAGAGUCAGUCACAUUACUGACCAGAACUCAUUCAAUAUGUUUUGGCCUAUUGUGGGGCUGUGACUGAGAAAGAAGAGCAGCUUUACUUCUUCACCUAAGGGGCAGAGUCAGUCACAUUACUGACCAGAACUCAUUCAAUAUGUUUUGGCCUAUUGUGGGGCUGUGACUGACUCACUGUAAAUACUGACCAAUAAUUGGAUAUGACAUGACAGGUAUAAGACUUUUCAAAUGUCUCCAUUGGACGCUGGUGAUGUCACAUGAUGGGAUAGGUCCUACUUUUUCAGUGCUGGGUGGUUGUUUAUAUUGACUCAGUGGGGAGCAUGUGGAUUUUGUUUUGGUGGAGAGCUUUCUGGGGCAGGUGAACAGUACUCUCCCCACACAUUUUAUAGACUUGGAUUAUUUUGUGUUACCAGAUUUACAAUAUUUUGCCAUACCAGAUUGUUUUCUUAUGCAUUUCUUAUCCGUUAUAUUAUUGAUAAUCUAUUGUGCUUCUUUACCUUAUAUCUGAAUAGCAGUUAGAUGGACUGCAUGCAUGUGAUGAACAAAUUAAUAAACAUUUCACAAUAAAAAGUUCUGCUCUUGCCUCUUUGGAGUCAAUGUAAACCUAUAAUCUAUAACCCCAGAGUGAAACCAGGAAAGCCAGAUAGCUAAACCUAGACUUGAUUAAGAUUUCUAAGUUCUACAGAAAUACUAUAAAAGACACCAAAAAAAAAGACAGUACAAAAUAAAUAUAAUUGUGCUUUGAUCGUUUAUUCAAACUCUUGGCGUUUGGAUUCAGCCAUUUGGUAAACCAAAGAUAAUAAAUAACAAGUAGAUGGAAGUCAUGACAUAUUGAUAAGCAUUAGACAUUAUAAACAAGUGGACCGGCAACAUGUUUUCAACAAGGACCGCUCAAGUCUCACUCAACCGUAGUUCAUAUAAGACACAGCAGUAGAAAAAUAAAUCUACCCCCCCCCUCCCCCA